UGUGCAAUACAGUGCAACAAUAUGUUGGGCAUGUUUAUGGAAUUAUUCCCUCUCCCCUUAUUGAUCCCCCCUUUAAGAAGCCUUUCGCAUCCAUACCCCCCUGUCAGUGUGUCCAGAAGAAAACAGACUGCUCGUCAUCUUGUCUACUCGUAAGAGGGAAAUUUUGCUGAUGCAGUAAUGUCUGGAAAUGCAUCGCUUGCGAAUGUCGUGAAUCAUUUCCGUUAUGGAUGUGAUAUUUGUGGAAAGCAACCGAACAGUUUGAAAGUGAGAAGAUGUGAAGAGCCUUUUACAAGCGUAUUUUCUACAACAAAAGGGAAUCGAUGGUGCAUUACUGACAGGAGACUGCUGGCAGAAGACGCAUUCCUUCAGUAGAGGCAGCUGUAGUGGAUGCAGCGGAAAGGAGCGAUGGUCGAAUCAGUGACAACCGCAGUGGGGCCACACUGAGGAAAGAUCAAGUUAUACCCUAUACCCAGGGAUCGAGAUAGAUUUGAGGGUCUGGAAACGGAGAAAAGGAAGGAAAGCGACGCCUUUGGGAGGGCAGUUGGAUGUCUACUCAAUUAAAUUAACUCCUGCGGAGCACCAUCUUUGACCUGCAGGAUGACAGUCGUGGCUGGGGACAACAUGGACGAGACCUCUGCCGUACCGGGGCAUCCGCAGGACACAUACCACCCUGACCACGACGAUCACGAAUGCUGUGAACGGGUGGUCAUCAACAUAGCUGGGCUGCGCUUUGAGACCCAGCUCAAAACUCUUGCCCAGUUUCCAGAGACUCUGUUAGGUAACCCAAAGAAGCGAAUGCGGUAUUUCGAUCCCUUGAGAAACGAGUACUUCUUCGACAGAAAUCGUCCAAGCUUUGAUGCCAUCCUCUACUACUAUCAGUCUGGGGGAAGACUGAGAAGGCCUGCAAACGUCCCGUUGGAUAUGUUCUCAGAAGAAAUUAAGUUCUAUGAACUUGGGGUCGAGGCGAUGGAGAAGUUCCGUGAAGAUGAGGGCUUCAUUCGGGAGGAAGAGCGGCCUUUACCGGAGCGUGAAUUUCAACGGCAAAUCUGGCUUCUGUUUGAGCAUCCCGAAAGCUCGGGGGGCGCCAGAGGAAUUGCUAUUGUGUCUGUUAUGGUCAUUUUAAUUUCCAUUGUCAUUUUCUGUUUGGAGACUUUACCUGAACUGAAAGGGGACCCUGAGGGGCGAAUACAGACUGUAGGCAACACCACCUUCUAUUACAAACCAAACAUCUUGACCGAUCCCUUCUUCAUCGUAGAGACCCUCUGCAUCAUCUGGUUCUCAUUUGAACUGAUUGUGCGCUUUUUUGCUUGCCCAAGCAAAGCAGCCUUCUUUAAGAACAUGAUGAACACCAUAGACAUUGUGGCCAUCAUCCCCUACUUCAUCACACUGGGUACAGAGUUAGCAGAGGAACCGGAUGGAAAAGAGAUAAAGGGAGAGCAGGCAACAUCACUGGCCAUCCUCAGGGUGAUCCGUCUGGUCAGGGUGUUCAGGAUCUUUAAGCUGUCCAGACACUCCAAAGGCCUUCAGAUUUUGGGACAGACCCUGAAAGCCAGUAUGCGAGAACUUGGAUUGCUUAUUUUCUUCCUCUUCAUUGGUGUCAUAUUGUUCUCCAGUGCUGUGUAUUUUGCAGAGGCAGAGGAGAAAGAGUCCCACUUCAGCAGCAUCCCAGAUGCGUUCUGGUGGGCGGUUGUGUCGAUGACCACCGUAGGCUAUGGGGACAUGGUGCCGGUGACUAUAGGGGGCAAGAUCGUGGGUUCCCUGUGCGCCAUCGCUGGUGUGCUGACCAUCGCCCUCCCCGUGCCUGUCAUCGUGUCCAACUUCAACUAUUUCUACCAUAGAGAAACUGAAGGAGAGGAGCAGGCCCAACUGCUCAACGUGAGCAACCCGAACAUUGCCUCUGAUUCCAACUCCAGUCGUCGCAGCUCCUCCACCGUCAGCAAGUCUGAGUACAUGGAGAUAGACGGAGACAUAAACAACAGCAUCGACAAUUUCAGAGAGGCCAACCUCAGAACUGGCAACUGCACUAUCCCUAAUCAGAACUGUGUGAACAAAAGUAAGCUGCUAACCGAUGUCUAGAGACACAGUAGAAAAUUCAGUCCCAUACAUAUGAAUGCUUACUUUACCUCCUCUCGAGAGCCCUUGCAAUGCGAAUAUCUCUACAAUGCAGACGAAAGAAAGACACUACACCAAAACAUAUAGAACAUAACUGCGGCAAAUGAGGCAGAUGAUUCAGUAUAUACUUAGUCUAAUACAUUUCCAAAGAGGAUGAUUGAAAAAAAGCCUUUUCCAGCACCUAGCUAACGUCCACAGGCAUUGAAGGACUCUCGACGACGGAUUACUUAAACAUCACGCAUGGACUGCAGACUACAUUUCAGCAAGCUGCACACUGCAUCCGGGAAAGUGCAUAAAAGACUAAGUGCAGUGUUUGGUGGACGCCUCGUCCGUAGGUGGUCUUCCUCAACUGACCAGCAAAGCACCUUAUAUGAACAAGACUUAUCUUCUGCUGGGAUGCUACGGAGGCCAAGGUCAUCGCCUCAUGGACAUCCGCAUUGCUGCUAUUUUCCAGCAGAUGCUGUAAUUUAGAAAUCACCAAGUGAUUAAAUGCCAUGCCCUUUAGAUAUAAGACAGCACAAUGGCAAAAGAGGAGCCUCAUAGUUAGCAUGUUUUGAUUAUCCUCAUUUUGAUAUUGGCAUGCGUCGGACAUUACCUCAUGAUGAUAGGAAAUCCAUUCCUGUUUUGCUUUUCGUUUGCGUUCAGUUCCAUCAGCUCCCCUCUCCAUAGACCUCCUCUCAUUUGUCACCAUGAAAAGUGCACUAGUGUGUCAUGAUUUGAGAUGCUUAUCAUUUAGGUGUAUUUAAAGACUGAAUGUUUAACCUUACGGGAAACAGAAUCUUAAUGAUAUCAUAGCAUGUCAAAAGAACCUGCAUUAUGGCCUAAUCAACUAAGGUACUGUGUAUCCUAGUAUAUUUAAUGCAUGACAUCGGUAUUAUACAGCUUGUUGCUAUUGAGAUACCUCAUAAGGGUGUCGUUGUUACAAUCAGGGAAACUAGGGACGCUGAUUCCUUGACAUUUUCUGAAAUGUGACAAAAUAUAUAUGCAAGCCCCAAUGCUGGGAUGCAAACUUUUCAAUCUAAAAAGUAGUCAAAGACAGAAAAAGAACUAUCAAGAUACUUUUAAAUGCAUAUACUCAUACUAAGCGCACCUGUUAAAACAAAAAAAAACAAAAAAAUUAUUAUAACUUAAAUAGUGCAGUGCAUGGGCAUUCUCUCUCUCUUGAGGAACACACACACAAAAACAAAAAAACUAUGGGCAAUUAUACUUCACGCUUCCAUUUUGCAAUCAAAUUUAGGAUUUAUGAUAUUAAAAAUUGCUUGAUUUAUCUUAGCAGGAUGCAAAAGAGAUCAUGGCAGAAUUACUCAUAUUAGUUGCUAGUGCCUUUGACCCUCUCAGCAACCGGACAGGUGAAAGUGCCUCUGAGUAACUGGAGUUUUAGGCAGGGCAAGGGAACAAUAUCUGCUCUAGAACUGUCAUGAUGUAUAUUGAGGCUGGUCAUUACAGUGUAUACAGAGUGCUUUUCAUUUUCGUUGUUGUUCUUUUGAACGUGACACAUGGUUGUCAGGCACAAAAGCUAACCUUUUCUGUGUUUUCAUAUGACAGCUAAGCUUGAAUAUGAAAUUGGAUAUACGACUUUCACACGAUGGUACCUUUUAGAGUUUUCAAUCUGCCUUUCAUUGUGGUUUUGAUUAUGUUGUGCCAUAAUAAAGAUUCUACCUCAGUGAGGUCGCCGCACAGCUCACUGCAGAGCAGAACACGAGAGUACAUAACAGCCUGUGAAGUGUGAUGAUACGUCAGAAAUAAUACACUUAAGAGUACCCCCAGAAUUAGCCUUUUUUUCGAGCACUUAAAACAAACGCAACAAUGCGACCGCCCCUGACCCCUCGGAUUUGAAACGUUCCCUUGCUAAGCACAAUCAACAUUCAUUUUGGUUCUGUUUUUGAUGGUUUGUUAUCACAGUGCUUUUAUUUUAUUUUAUUUUUACAAGAAAGAGAUCUGGGGAGAGAAAACAGCUGUUUACAUUGUUAAAAUUAGCAAAAUCUGUCAUUUAGAAGUAUGUCGUCUUAAAGACAUGUCUACUUAAUGUUAAAAGUCAUGCUUAGCCCAUUAAGACUAUAUUAAGCCUGCAGGUGCUGUAAAGAACACAGUUUAAUGCAGUCCUAAUUGAUUUAUUGAGUGUACUGAUGACUUAAACAUUAAUGUGAAAUCAUGUGUUCAUGGUAAUGUGGGCCAUUCCAGUGCAUAGAGCUACGUUCUUCGUUUUCAUUUUCCUUGAUAAUUAAAAAACACUUUAAAAUAGCCGCGAUUAAAUUAGUCUGUUUGGGGUAAUUUCAUUUAACCAACACAAGCAGGUCUGCCAGACCAGCUCGUAAACAAGUUGCCAGAUCAUGUGUUCUUUAUUGACCCAUGAGGUGUGAUUGUAAUCAAAGGCAAGCAGCAGUAUUUUACCUUGGGCAGUUUGCUAUAACACUAACAAGGGUUUAGUCACAUCUGCUGCAGCUCUGUGUCAGGAAGAACUAUUCAGGGUUUUAUUAAUCUGUUUUUUGUUUAAAAUUCAUAACAUUGCUUCAGAGAAAAAAAUGGGUUUAGCAAGCAAACAAAUCAUUGUGUUACUUUUUAUCUAGAAUUAAAGAAUUAACAUGCAUGAUUUUCAUGCAACUUAUUUUAUCACAACAAUUUAAUUUAAUAUGGUAAAUGGAACAAUUGUUAAAUAAGUACUAACUGUUUCUACUGGGCAUGUGAGCGGUGAUCAAACCCUAUGGUGCUAUGCAUAAUCCUUUAUUUAAUAUCUACACCAUAAAUCAUAGCAAUAGGGAUUAAGUGUAUUACAGGACUGUCCAGAAUGCUCAUUUUUAUAUUCACCAAGGGCUGUGGCAAACUUUUGAUAAGAAUAGAGAUUUAAACCUAUUAUAAUGCAAGAGAAAAAAUAAUUUUCCACCAGUGGAAAAAUAUUCAUAUUUCAUGUACUUUGUUGAGAGACUAUAAUUAGAACAAAAAUAUCCCCUUAACAAGUAUUGCUUCCUUUUCCCUAUUGGAGUAAAUUACUGUAUGUUAAUAGAAGUUUAUUUGGCCUCUGAUCUGAGAUGAGGACAAUUUAUGAGCAACGUUUAAAUAAAUUAUGGCUUAGAGGUACAGUAAGUCUUUUAUCAGUUGAGUCUGUGUAAAUCCAUAACAUAUAACAUAUAUUUCACUUUUUCUGUACUUAUUUGGUCGUUUUUCUAUUUAUAAAUUUGCAUCACUCAGAAUUUCCUAACAACAAACUGAAAUCUAACUUUAUUUCAAGAUGGAAUGAAAGAUAAAAUACACUGUAGUGGAAAAAAAUAAAUAAAUAAAUGACUGACGUGCCAUCAUAACUAUUACUAAGUUACCCGAUGUGAAAGCUAGUUGUCAAAAAUUGAGAAACCGUAGUUAUGCUCCCAGGUUGUGGCCUUUUGGAGGUUGUUGCAGACAUACUUAUUUUCUUCACCUGCGUGGCCUCGUCUAGCUAUAUUACUAUGUUGCAUCCAUGUGGCACUAUAGUUAACUGUGCUUUAAAGAACCCAUGCCCUUGAUAAAACUACAGUAGACUCACAAAUGAGUCCAUAAGACAAGCCAUUCAAAUAUAUAGGAAGAUUAUAGCUUGUAUUAUCGAUAUCAUGAAAUAAAUCAAAUAAAUGGCAUUAGCAUCAAAAAUGUAUUGUACGUUGUAUUUUUUUGUAAUAACUUUAACGCCAUACCGCCAUACCAAACCAAAACUCAACAGCAACCUAGCAAUUGCAAAAAUCUGCAUGGUGUAUGGAAGACUGCAUGAGCUUAGCCUUUCAAAACUGAGGAUCAACUAUAUUCUGGUUGCAUCAUUUUUUUAAGCCCUUGCUGUCAUUUGUUCCUAAAGCCAUCUUCAUUAUUUAUACGCCAACGUUGUUCCCUUUUCUUUAGGAAAAAUUCUUUAAUCCGUCAAACUCCACUGAUCAGAUAUUUGUAUUCGGGUUAUUUAUUUAUUUAUGCUUCAUUUUGCUGUUUGCUUUCAGGAUGCUGAAUGACACAACUCAUGCAUUAUAAUGUCAUGGAAGUGAUGCAUUUGAUGAAACAUUUAAUUCCGCCAAAAAAGAAAGCAGGACCCCAAACUAGAGUCCAUGCAGUGAUUACGUACUGACCAUCUCAGCUACAUGUUUAUGUUAGACAGAUGAUGACUCCAUGUAAAUGUUUGUUCCGUGUACAUCAGGUCAAACUGUUCAUGUUGUCUUCACAUGUUUCUGUAAGUUUUCUGUCUUCAUUAUGCUAAAUUGUGUUAAAAUGUUUUCAUUUUGUUGUACAUUGACAAAGGCAUGGUCUGUGAUCUAUGCAAGGGUUCUUUUGUUUCUUAUGUCAAAUAUGAUUUGAUCAUACAUCCAAAUCAAUAAAUUUUUAAUUAGCAGCUGUCAGGUGUAUUCUGGUUACUGGUUUUUGGAGACUGUGGCACAUUUUCAAAUCAUUUAGCUUUGAGUAAAUGACACUUUCAGAAAACUGUCACUGGGGCAAAAAAA